AUGCCGCCCGGCAAAGUCCUGCAGCCCGUCCUGAAGAUGAAGGUGGACGAACUCUUCCUGUGCUGGCUCAGCGAGUCCAGCACGCAGGCAAUGCUCCAAGACUGCUUGCAGAGGAUCAAGAUGCCCGGGGGGCCCGAGGGGGUCGGGGGAGACGCAGGGCAGCCCGGGCCCCCGUUCGCAGCCCCGGCCCUCGCCUGCAGGCCGCGCGGGUUGGAUAGCCCAGGGGCGCCCGGCCCGGCCCCCGCGUCCACCGCUCUCCCCCUGGGAGCCGCCUCUAGUGCCCGGAGGGGACUACCUGUUCGAGGGCCUCGUCGAUCCGCAGGGACGAGAGUAGUCCAGACGAGGAAGGAGCAGCCCCUGCCGCCCGCGGCCAGCCUGAGCAUUCCCACAUUCUACUUCCCCCGAGGCCGCCCGCAGGACGCGGCGAACGUAGACGCCAUCAUCGCCAGGAUCGAGAGGACUUUCGCCCAGUUCCCGCACGAGAGGGCCACCAUGGGGGACAUGGGCCGAGUGGCCAAGGCCUGUGGCUGCCCGCUCUACUGGAAGGGGCCGCUCUUCUGCGGCGCCGGUGGAGAGCGCACGGGCUCCGUCUCCGUGCACAAGUUUGUCGCCAUGUGGAGAAAGAUGCUCCAGAGCUGUCACGAUGACGCGGCCAAGUUUGUCCACCUGCUCGUGAGCCCCGGCGGCAACUCCCUGGCGCAGGAGGACUUCAUCCCCUUCUUGCAGGACGUGGUGAACACCCACCCGGGCUUGGCAUUCUUGAAGGAAGCGUCAGAGUUCCACUCCCGCUACAUCACCACGGUCACACAGAGGAUUUUCUACACGGUCAACAGGUCCUGGUCCGGGAGGAUCACGUGCGCAGAGCUCCGGAGGAGCACGUUCCUGCAGAAUGUGGCGCUCCUGGAAGACGAGGUGGACAUCAACCAGCUGACGGAGUUCUUCUCCUACGAGCACUUCUACGUCAUCUACUGCAAGUUCUGGGAGCUGGACACGGACCACGACCUGCUCAUUGAUGCGCAGGACCUGGCCCGACACAAUGACCACGCCAUAUCCACCAAGAUGAUCGAGAGGAUCUUCUCGGGAGCCGUGACGCGAGGGAAAAAAGUGCAGAAAGAAGGAAAAAUAAGCUACGCUGACUUUGUCUGGUUCUUGAUCUCCGAGGAAGACAAGAAAACCCCGACCAGCAUUGAGUAUUGGUUCCGCUGCAUGGACCUGGAUGGGGACGGGGUGCUGUCCAUGUUCGAGCUGGAGUACUUCUAUGAGGAGCAGUGCCGCCGGCUGGACAGCAUGGCCAUUGAGGCCCUGCCCUUUGAGGACUGCCUGUGCCAGAUGCUGGACCUGGUGAAGCCCCAGAGCGAAGGGAGGAUCACGCUGCGCGACCUGAAGCGGUGCCGGCUGGCCGGCGUCUUCUUCGACACGUUCUUCAAUAUCGGGAAGUACCUGGACCACGAGCAGCGGGAGCAGACCGCCCUGUUCAGGGAGAGCGAGAGCGAGGGCCCCGAGCUGUCCGACUGGGAGAGGUACGCUGCCGAGGAGUACGACAUCCUGGUGGCCGAGGAAGCCAUGGGGGAGCCCUGGGAGGACGGGUAUGAGGCGGAGCUUAGCCCCGUGGACCAGAAGCUGAGCGCGCUGCGGUCUCCGCUGGCCCAGAGGCCCUUCUUCGAGGUGCCAACCGGCCUGGGCGCCGUCGAGCUAUAUGAGUACGAGCGCGGGGGGGGUGACGACCUGCCACCCUCGUGA